CCCUGUCUCCUCCAUUGAACAAGUUCCUGGAUCCUUCUCCCAUGCCCUCCCCCGAUCGAUCCAGCCGAUCAUUAUAAAGAACUCGGCUCACACUAUCGUUAACUGCAAGCUCGUCGGGUUGUCACUGAUGGGUUGAAGCAUCUGCAUGCCUGCCUGCCUGCCUGCCUCCUUGCCUUGUGAUCUAGUGAUGCUUGCAUGCAUGUUAUCUGGGGUGUGUGCACGCGUUUCGAUCCAAGAGAAGUGUGAAGUCGAGUGGAGGAGUUCAGUUGAUGCAGGUAUCUAGAGAGUACCUUCACAGGGUUUUAUUCUUUUGAAAGCUAAAUAAAACCCGUGGGGACGGAUCACCCGAAUUCAAGCAAGAGUUGGAUAUAGUCGCGGACAUGUGGGCGCGGUGGAUCAUAUAGAGUGGUAGGGAGUCAAGGGGAGUGGGGGAUUGGUUCCAGCUGGUUUCUGAAUUUCUGCCAGUGCAUCAUUGUAAGGAGAGGGGAGAGGAGGAAUCAUUUAAAAGGUGCUGCGGGCGAAAUGGUGGGUAAAGUACAGACCGCGUCGUCUUUAGGGCAGGCGAGUGAGCAAUCCACAGCUGUAGAUGCCUCUGGAAGCAGUCGUCACACCCUUGUGCCGGAGAAAAUGGGGUCGCGCUCCGUGUCGCAGAAGCUGAAAGCCGCAAGCAUCAAGCGGGCGAAGAAGGUGCAAGAGGGUAGGUACAGAGGAGUGCGGCGGCGACCCUGGGGACGGUAUGCGGCGGAGAUCAGAGAUCCUAACACCAAGGAGCGAAGAUGGCUAGGUACUUUCGACACUGCCGAGGAUGCAGCUCUAGCUUACGACACUGCGGCGAGAUCCAUGAGAGGGCUUAAGGCACGCACCAACUUCAUGUAUCCAACGCAUGAGACCUGUCUAUUGUCCGCAGCAGCAGCUCUAGCAGCACCCAAUAGUUUGCAGCAUGCCACACAUCCCGUGGAUUUAAUUGCCCAGAAGACCCUUGGGGAAGUGCUGCUCUUAUCGAGCACGAAUAAGUCUCGAAAUUUCGACUGGCAGAGCACUACUACUACUUGCAUUACGCAGCCGAGUUUCGAUGAGUCUUCUCGCAAUAUGCUCAACUCGCCAUCUACGCAGAAGCAGCUGGUGGAAUUUGAGCGCAACUUGUUUCCUGGACAAGGGUGCAGAUACGUGGAUAGAAAGAUACAGCCACCUUCGCAGCAGAUGCCCCGUUCAGUGCUCGUAGAGAUGUCGCCUAACGUCCUCCAGAGCUUCAAGGAGAACAAAGUCGAGACUGCUGAGUCUAGCUUGAGCGUAAGUCCUGGGAUGGAAGAGCAAUGGCGUUGCUUGCCUGAGAGUGACAUGCAGUUUCGCCCUAAUCAACUCGUCCGGAGUCCUACUGCGAAUUCGGGGCUUCUUGUUUCACGCUAUCGCAGCGCGGAAUUGCAACCGUUUCAGGUCACGCGAAGCAAUGACAAUGCUCCAAUGGCUUCUGAAAAUGCAUCAAUGUUUGGCGGAUCGAGUAUCAUUUGUAGCAAAGCUGUUUCGACAACUUCUUCAUGUAAACUAUCGCAGAGGUCGAGGCCGCUGUUCAGUUCGGAGAAUGUUGGUGGAAUGCUCGACCAGGUCGUGUCAAAGUACGUCGUUGAUUCCACUGGGCCAACCCCGAGCACUGUGGCUGUGGAGGAUACCGGUGGAGUAAUCGAGUCCAAGGAAUGUUUGUUAUCCACACAGGUUCCCUACUCGGAUGAAUCCUCAUCCUCGACGUCUGCGUCGCGCUUUGCAGACACGGCUGAAUCUUCGCCCACCACCGGCGCUGCCGGCAGCCCAGGACUGUUCUCUCUCUCUUCAGAAGUCGAGCCGACUUGCGGUUUUAGUGCAGCUACAGCCGAUGUUUGUCGCCGACCGAGUGCUUUCCAACUGGUGCCUUCCAACCGUAAUCCAGAUAACCUUGAAAGCAUUUUGCCGGCCAAUCUCAUAUACAAUCGACACCAUCACAAUGCUCCGCGGCGGGCAGAGUGGGCAUGGGACAUGCCUGUUGCGCGAACCACUUCAAGUUCUGGGCUGGACGCAAUUACAGGGCAUUGUAACUCCGUGUCUUUGCAACGUCACAACUGUUCUCAUGAAUCAAGCUGGCAAAACCUCUGCGAACUGCCGGAUGCGGUGGCUAACUUCCUGUUGAGCGAGUCAAUGCAGGGGUUCAAUACUACAACUUCGACGCACUGCGUGAACGUCAGCGUGAAAAAACAUGAGCCAUCACUCCAGCACAGAUCCUAUGAGCCUACACCAGCACUGGCAAGUAACAGUCCGUGGCAGAUGAGCCACUCGAGGGUUACCGGCAAUUCGGAGAGCAUAAAUGUGUUGGCAGACUGGGAUUCUACCAGGAGCCAGGAUCCCUCACUGGGAUACUCUCUUUGCCCGGAGAACAACUCAGGACUCUGCAACGACAUGUUCAUGCCGGACAACAAUUGCCUGCACGUUUUCAACGCCACUGGUUCUUCACACUACCCCUUUUACGAUGACGGGUAUCUGUUUCCCCACCUCAUGGAGGAAUCGAGCAUGCUCUACGUUUGAUGCGCGACAGGGGCUCUUUGAUUCUUGUGGAACACCUCAAAUAUUGUUUUCCACUUUUUACUUAUUGAUUCAUGAUGCUCAAUUUUCGAAUGCUGCGUGAGGUAUCUUGGAGGUUGACAUUAUUUUCAAGGCUCGCACAUCGCAGGCGUGAGCUCCAUUUGAGGAUUGGCAACUUAAGUACUGCACAGAACAGGAGUGUAGGUUUGAUAGUAAAGUAUGAGAGAUUCGUUUCAACCAUGUACAUGAAAGUGGCGGAAAAGUUUCCGGCUAGACUUAGAUAUAUACAUACUCUUCAGGAGAUAGUAGUGUGCAGCCGUAGUUCACUAAUUCCGCAAAGGCUGGAGGUGAACUUCAGUGCUCAUGGAUUACUACUCCACGCUUGCAGUAUUACAAAUUUUGCAAUUCGGAGAACUCGGCAUUCAAAAAUAUAUCAUCUUUGUGAA